UGGGGCGAGAGGGGCCGGAGGCUAAAAGAAGAGAGCCCACGGAACGCGAGCGGGAGGAGUGCCGCCGAGCCGGGUCGAGGCGCCGGGAAUCGUCCCUCUCGUCCCCCUCCAGGAGAACCGGCCCGGGACCCCUGUGUAAUGUUCAAGCUCAGAAAUGCCUUAUGUGGAUCGUCAGAAUCGAAUUUGUGGUUUCCUAGACAUUGAAGAAAAUGAGAAUAGUGGGAAAUUUCUGCGGAGGUACUUCAUCCUGGAUAAAGAAGAUAGUCUGGUCUGGUACAUGGAUAAUCCACAGAACCUUCCUUCUGGAUCCCCACCUGUUGGAGCUAUUAAACUCACCUACAUUUCAAAGGUUAGCGAUGCAACUAAGCUCAGGCCAAAGGCAGAAUUCUGUUUCGUUAUGAAUGCAGGAAUGAGGAAAUACUUUUUACAAGCCAAUGAUCAGCAAGACCUAGUAGAAUGGGUAAAUGUUUUGAACAAAGCUAUAAAAAUAACAGUACCAAAGCAAUCAGAUCCACAGUCUCAUUCUGAUAGCUUAAGUCGCCAAGUUGAAACUCCAGGUGGAAAAAAGCAAGUGUCUUACAGGACAGAAAUUGUGGGUGGUGUACCUAUUAUAACACCAACUCAGAAAGAAGAAGUAAAUGAAUCUGGUGACAUUAUUGACAGGAAUAAUCUGAAACGGGCACAAAGCCAUCUUCCUUACUUUACUCCCAAGCCACCUCCAGAUAAUGCAGUUAUCAAAGCUGGUUAUUGUGUUAAACAGGGGGCAGUGAUGAAGAACUGGAAGCGAAGAUACUUUCAAUUGGAUGAAAAUACUAUAGGCUACUUCAAAUCUGAACUGGAAAAGGAACCCCUGCGGAUAAUACCACUUAAGGAGGUUCAUAAAGUCCAAGAAUGUAAACAGAGUGACAUAAUGAUGAGAGACAAUCUCUUUGAAAUUGUAACAACGUCUAGAACCUUCUAUGUGCAGGCUGACAGUCCAGAGGAGAUGCAUAAUUGGAUUAAAGCAAUUUCUGGUGCCAUAGUAGCACAACGGGGACCUGGAAGAUCAGCAACUUCUGAACAUUCCAACUGUUCUUCAGAAUCCAACUAUGCUUUCCGUUCUGCCAAUGCAACAGCAGCCACCUCACAUUCCACAGCCUCUCGCAACAACUCUCUGGGCUCAAGCUUUACCAUGGAGAAGCGAGGAUUUUACGAAUCUCUUGCCAAGGCCAAGCCAGGGAACUUCAAGGUCCAGACUCUCACUCCAAGAGAACCAGCUUCCAAAGUGACUGUACAAGCCGUGCCGAAACCUCAGCAUCACAAUGGCCCUCAGGAAAGAGAGAACGACCUAGUGGAUCUAGAUGAUGCAAGCCUUCCCGUUAGUGACGUGUAAGAAUAGAAACAUUUGGAGAUGGGGAUCCACUUGUUAAAUGCUUGAUUUCCUUUUAUAGGGGCUUCUAGCCAAAGAUGAGACGAAAAGGAAAGGGAGAGGGUGAAGUAGAUUUGGGGAAGAUUUACGUGAAAUAUACUGCCUCUAACCUGUUUUUCUUAUAAACUGGUAAUCCCAGGUAAUCUAGAGAAUGGCCAAACUAGAACCAAUCUCUUAAACUACUAAGAAUGUGUUUCAGUACCAAGGAUCUAAAUUCAGUUCAAUAAAUACUGAUGUAAGCACCUACUAAGAAAUAAAAAUGUUUUGUGUUCUCUGCUGAGUGAUUAAACAUCUGCAUAAAUCACUCAUAGAAAAUUUGACAAUUUCAUACAUACCAAAUUAAAAACAUUCAUUUUUUGAGAGGGUGGAGGGGUCAUAUUGACCUUAUUAUAUUGGUCUUCUAAAAAAAAAAAGUUGAUGUGAACUGUUAAGUAUUUCAGUAUCCAUACCUUUUGAUUGAUCAGCAUUAUCUGUUGAAAAGUUACCAGACUAAGAUAUCAUUUGCAUCUUAAGUCUGUGGUGCUGCAAAAUUUUCUUUAGAAUGUUGAUAAUUUUAAAAAUUAGACUUUUUUUUUCCUUUUCCUUUUUUUUUUUUCAUUAAAAUGCACUGGUUCUUAAGGUGAGUGGUAACUUUUGCACAUUGGAUAUUAUUGGACCAUCUUUAUAAGGGUUUUGGUUGGAUUGGUUAAGGGAAAAAAUGGCAACUCAAACUACUAUAUCCUAGACAUCCGAACUAAAUCCAUUUUGUAUUGUAUUACAUCAGGCCUUGCUUUGUUCAGUGUUGAAAAUUACAUUAUUUGGUAUGAGUUUUUUGAGAGAUUUGAUUUUUCUUAUCAACAUUUUGUGAAUAAUUCUUGUUUCUAUAUUUGGAUCAGUGAAAGACCUCAAGUUUAUAUGUAAAGACAUAAUUGAUGAACCUUUCUUAGUCAUUCAAUUGUGGCCUGUAACUUUUGUCACUGAUAAUCUAUAUUAAAGUGCCUGUGUUUUCUCAUUUUGUUUUGAAACAUUUUGAGAUCAAUGUGUUCAUGACCCUACCUUACUGGUUUAAAACCUUGGGAUGAGAUUGUUUUUGAGUAGUAUAAUUUGUAUUAAACUAUUUAAGAUAAUGUCUUAUGCUAGGAAUAUCAGAAUACUGAUAUUACAUCUCCUAGCUGUGCAAUAUGUACAUUUCUAAAACUGAAUUCUGGAUAUACAUUAUAUUAUACAAUGUCAUAAAUAUAAACAGUACUUCUAAGGAAUCUUUAAAUUUCAGAUAUUUAAUAGUAAAUCUAAAUUGAGCAUGUACCAUUUUGUGAUUCAGUUUUGAAAACAUUUGCUUUAACCAAACAAUCUUGAAUUUUAUGUGCUGCUAUUUUUGUGAUUAAAAUUUGCCAUUUUGCGGUAGCUUGUUUUCUGCAAAUUAAUAGAUAACAUGUCAUGUGGGUCUCUUUUCAUUUUCCAAAUUGACUUCUUGUCUGUGAGAUACUGAAAUUUUCUACUAAAAUAGCGGGAUCUAAGGGUCACGCAGUCUUCAGAAUGCCAGAAUUAAGUGUAACAAUUUAAAAACCAGAAUGGAUAAAGGAUGCCAUUGUUGAGGGGUUUUUUUAUUCAUAAGCUAACAUUUAUAAAAGUUGUACUUGUAAACUAUUUUCACUUUCUUUGUCAGAUUUUUUAAAACUUUACU